CCGGCUGAGGUACGGACACCCGGAAGGGCCGGGCGCAUGGCUCCGCCUCUGGCUGAGCGGCGACGUGCGCGUCGGCCAGGGGCAGUGGCUCGCAGAUGGAGUUGGUAGUCGGCCCGACGGCGGCAUGGAGGCGAGCCGGGGCAGCAUCAACGCGGAGCGGGGCUGGUCCGUCUCUGCCCGGCAGCCUGAAGAGGCAGCGGCGGCGGAAGAGGCGAGCCCGUUGCUAAGCAACGAACUGCAUCGACCGCGAGCCCCUGGUGUUUCCUUUGGCUUCUCAGUGUUUAACUUGAUGAACGCCAUCAUGGGAAGUGGCAUUCUCGGCUUAGCUUAUGUUAUGGCCAACACCGGUAUCCUUGGAUUUAGUUUCCUGCUGCUGGUGGUCGCUGUCCUGGCUUCUUACUCCGUGCACCUCCUGCUCAGCAUGUGUAUCCAUACAGCGGUCACAUCUUAUGAAGAUCUUGGACUCUUCGCAUUUGGAUUACCGGGGAAGGUGGUGGUGGCAGGCACCAUAAUAAUUCAGAAUAUAGGAGCUAUGUCAUCUUAUCUUUUAAUUAUUAAAACAGAGCUUCCUGCUGCUAUUUCAGCAUUUUUGCAUGGAGACUACAGUGGGUCUUGGUAUCUUGAUGGACAGACACUACUAAUCAUCAUUUGUGUUGGCAUUGUGUUCCCUCUUGCCCUUCUUCCCAAAAUAGGCUUUCUUGGCUACACAAGUAGUUUAUCAUUUUUCUUUAUGGUGUUCUUUGCUCUCGUGAUAAUAAUUAAAAAAUGGUCCAUCCCUUGUCCUCUGUUCUUAAAUGACAUAGAAGAGUACUUCCAGAUUUCCAAUGCUACAGAUGAUUGUAAACCAAAGCUCUUUCAUUUCUCCAAAGAGAGUGUUUAUGCCAUACCAACCAUGGCUUUUUCAUUUCUCUGCCAUACCUCAAUCUUGCCCAUCUACUGUGAACUUGAAAGCCCUUCGAAGAAAAGAAUGCAGAAUGUAACCAAUACAGCAGUUGCUCUAAGUUUCCUCAUUUAUUCUCUAUCUGCGCUCUUUGGGUACCUCACUUUUUAUGACAAAGUGGAGCCAGAAUUGCUGCACGGUUAUAGUAAAUACUUGCCGCGUGACGUUGUCGUCAUGGCUGUGAAGCUGUGCCUGCUGUUUGCUGUGCUAUUGACAGUGCCCUUAAUCCACUUCCCUGCCAGAAAAGCUUUAAUGAUGAUCUUUUUCUCCAAUUUUCCGUUCUCGUGGAUUCGCCAUUUUCUGAUCACUCUAGCACUCAACGUUACCAUUGUUUUACUUGCAAUAUAUGUUCCUGACAUUAGGAAUGUUUUCGGUGUCGUUGGGGCCAGUACAUCAACGUGUUUGAUCUUUGUGUUCCCGGGACUGUUUUAUCUGAAACUCAGCAGAGAGGAUUUUCUCUCAAGGAAGAAGCUCGGGGCGUUUGUUUUGCUCCUCUCUGGAAUUUUGGUUGGGAAUUUCAGCUUAGCGCUCAUCAUUUUUGAUUGGAUUAAUAAAUGAAAGCAAUCUUGUCUUGCUUCUUUUGAAGCAUAGUUUAUCUCCAUAUGCAAGAUGGAAUAAUUCUGGGCGGCACCUUGGAUGAAAAAUAAUACUUUUAUAAAAAUCAGUCACAGAAAAAGCAGAGCGAAGCAGCACUGUGUAGAAGAGGGUCGGAGUGCACUACUUUUAACCACGAUAAAAGAUGAAUUCAGAACACUGGUAAAUGGACGAGAAGCUCAUGGCAAAUGCUUGUUAGGAAGAGAAGCAUGGAUUUCAAAGAUCUCACACCAAAGUGAGCUCCCCUCACAGGGCAGGCGGUGGUGCUCAGGGGGUUAAGCCACACUUGCCUGCCUCCCGUGUCGGAGUCCCCAGGACUGCCUGGGUCCCAGCUGCUCUGCUUCCAGAUCCGGUUCCUUGCUAAGGUGCCUGAGGAAACAGGAAGACGGCCCAAGUGCUUGGGUCCUGCUCCCCCGGGACAGGAGACCCAGUUGGAGUUCUGUGUUCCUGGCAUUGUCCUGGCCCAGCCCCAGCUGUUGCAGGCAUCUGAGAAGUGAACCAACAGAUGGAAAAUGUCUCUCUCCAUCUCUCCUCCUGCGUCACUCUGCCUUUCAAAUAAAGAAAUAAAUAAAUGUAAAAAAUAAAAAUAAAAACC